UAAGUAUGAAGAAUAAGCAUUACCAAGCUUGGAGUAAUAAAGUUUUGAGGAGGUACGAAAUGAUUAGCGACAGAUGAGCAAUUUGGUUAGCUAUCAUGAAAACUCCUCCGUCACAGUCACAGAAUGGUGGAGGUGGUUCUACCACUGUGACUGUAAAAAAUGGAGAUGAAAGUAAUUCUCGUUUUUCGCGUUCAUUAAAAUCUAACAAUUACAUCAAUGGUACAACGAAGGUAGGUAAGCAACAACUGGUUUCUCUAAACGGUGAUUCAAUAUGUUGCAACAGUAUAGAAAAUGACGAAGCUUUGGCAUGUGACAUAGCACCUCUACCGACUAAAGCAAAGACCAAAGCAUUAUGUGUACAUAUUCGUGAGAAUAGGUGGUACGAUGCUGGAAACGUUGUGUCUGUGGGCGUCGCUGGAGCAAGCUUAAACGAAGCUUUAGAGAGUAUGUCUUUAGCAUACAGUCCCACGACGAAGCAAAUAUAUUCCUUGGAUGAAACACAGACUACAAGUAAUAGAGAUUUUUUACGAUCUAACGAUUCGCCACUCUCUUUAGGAGUACGAAUAGAUAUAGAUUCUUGCUCAGGUAAAGAAGAGCUUGAGAACAGUGGGAAUAAUAGUCCCAGAGGUAGUUUGCCUCGUUCGUGUAGCAGCACCGUUUCCUCUCUCAGCGAGUGCUCGGCUUCUAACAGUUAUGUAAGCAACGAAGAUGCCCAAGUCUCGCCAGGCAAAUACAACAAGCUAUGGCCACUAAAUUCCAGUUUCAUGAAGAACGUCUUCUCAUGGAAGCAAAAGGAUCAAACCCAACAACAGCAGCAACAGUAUCAGAAUCAGCAACAACAGUUGUUAAAGGUUGCGUCCUCGAGCAGUCCGUCACGCAACUCCGACAAAAUUGGCGGCAGUUUGGCAUUGAUUCAGCAGUGUCGACCAGCAAAUCUACCGGCUAAAAGUGCCCUGGAAGAGGAGAGCCACCGACGUCAGUACAACGCGAUCUUGGAAGCGGCUCGGAAGCGGGAGCUGCGCGAGGAGCGCGAGCGUCGCCUACAGCGGGAGUUGCAGCUGCGGGAAGAAGAGCGGCUGGCUGAAGAUUCGCAGACGUGGAACGGGCAGGUGUUACCGCGCUUCGAGGCCAUAAAGGAUAGUCGUCGCGUUAGGGAGUUAUGGUGGCGAGGUUUGCCGCCGAGCAUUCGAGGCCGAGUCUGGCGGCUGGCCGUCGGUAACAGCCUCAACGUAACCGCGCACCUCUACAAGCUCUGCCUCGACCGGGCGAUGUCGAACCCGUUGAACGAGUCCUUAGCCGCGAUAAGACUCGACGUCUCCCGAACAUUCCCGACCCUCUGCGUUUUUCAAGACGGUGGGCCUCUCUCGGACAAUCUCCAGGGCGUUCUGGCAGCCUACGCGGUCUACCGUCCCGACAUCGGCUACGUUCAAGGGAUGAGCUUCAUCGGGGCCGUACUCUCCCUAAACAUGGACGCCCCGGACGCUUUCAGCUGCUUCGCCAACUUGCUGACCCGACCUUGUCAUCUCGCGGCAAUGAACGCCUACUACAAAGCCUACUCGAGCGCCCUGGCGAAUAGAUUGCCCAAAGUUUACGCUCACUUUUUGGCGGCCGGGUUGAGUCCGGAUCUGUAUCUGCUCGACUGGCUUUACACAAUCUACGCCAAGGCGAUGCCCCUGGACGUGGCCAGUCGUGUCUGGGACGUCUUUUUGCGUGACGGUGACGAGUUCCUUUUCAGGACGGCCCUGGGCGUCCUUCAUCUUUAUCAGGACGAGUUGCUGGGAAUGGACUUUGUGAGAGGUGCGCAGUUUCUCACGAGACUGCCAGAGAAUAUGCAGGCGGAUGCGCUCUUCAACAGUAUUAGUCAGAUGUCAACUGUCGUCGGAGUGCUGAGUUUCCAACAAAUGCUUAUUCAGAUAUCGUCGGGCGCGUAAGAGCAACGAGAGAGCAUCAAUUAUGUAUUUAACGACGAUGUUCCGACAUACCGAAUCGAAUUCCAAAGGUGUAAAAGUUAAGUUGAAAACUAACAGUUAUAUAAUUGCUGAUAAUUUCACCGAGUUAUAUUAUUGACUAAAUAAUAAUUGCUUGGCAUGUUGAAUAUCAUAUAAUUCUCUGAUAGUUUUGAACAACAAUUAAUAGCUUUUGUCUAAUUUGCAUGUAAAAGAGCAGCAUUUUUAAGAGGAAUACGAAUAUUGAUUUGUUAAUUGAUUAGUUAACAGUAUGAGUAAGCUUAGCGGUAAUUGAAUAAAACCGACUGUCAGAAUUAUUUAAACAAUAUACGGUAUACUCUUAUUACUUCACUGUGCU